CCCCUUGAGCUAGAGACCUAGAAACUUUGCUGGGCUCUUAACUGUGAAUCUAGGGUUUUUAGUUUCAAGUGAUUUGAAUUUUUUGAGUAUUUUCUCUUCAGAUUCGAGCGAGGAAGAAUGAGAUUAACAAUUUUGUUGAAUGAAAUACGAUCAGGUUCUGGUGGCUUUUAUUGGCUGAGAUAAUAAUCUAAUGCCAUGGAGGAAGAAGAGGAGGAUAGAAUUUUACUUAGUAGUUUGGGUGUCACAUCCGCUAAUCCUGAAGAUAUUGAACGUCACAUUCUAACAGAGGUAAAAAAAGAUGACGGUGAAAGAAAUGAAGCUGAAGGAAGCACUUUGGAGCACCAUGAUGAAGUUAAAGACAGCAAAUCAUCUUCUUCCGACCAAGCAAAACUUUAUAAUAAACUGCGGGCAGUAGAGGUUGAAAUAGAAGCUGUUGCAGCUAGUGCUGAACAAACAGAAAGCAUUACAAGAAAUGAACAGAAUGUCUCGGUUGAGAUUGAUAACACGGAGGAGGAAGAUGCAGGGGAUGGUAAAAGUGAUGCUGAAGCUUCUGCAAAUGGUUUAACCCUUCAACAUGCCCUAACUGCUGAUCGUCUUAACAGCCUCAAGAAAACAAGGGCUCGGCUCCAGAAGGAACUAGAAGAGUUGGAUAAAGAUAACUCUACCAAAAGUUCUCAGCAUGAUAAGUUGAUUUCGAAUCUGGUUAAGGAAGAGCCAAGACACAAAAGAAAGCUGAAAGAAGUUCAAAGUUUAAGCAAAAAUUCUAAAAAACAACAUAAAACAGUAACAUUCAAUGAGGAUGGUGACUUUGAUGCAGUGUUGGAUGCAGCUUCUGCAGGAUUUGUUGAGACCGAAAGGGAUGAGUUGGUUCGCAAAGGCAUUUUCACUCCUUUUCAUAAGCUUAAAGGCUUUGAACGUCGGGUUCAACAGCCUGGGCCAUCAAAUAGACAGUACAUGCCUGAGGGAGAAGUCAAGGAUGAGAAUCUUGCUUCAACCAGUGUUGCUAAAGCUGUUAGGUCAUUCUCGAAGGCUGCACAAGCUCGUCCAACAACCAAGCUGCUUGAUGGAAAUGCUUUACCUAAACUUGAUGCACCAACUCGUCCUUUUCACAGACUAACUACACCUAUAAAACUUGUACAAUCCCCAGACACCAAGUCAGAAAAGAAUAAAGACAAGGGAACGAAGCAGAAGAGGCCUUUGCCUGGCAAAAGAUGGAGAAAGAUCAUUAAUGAAGAGGGAAAACUCUAUGAAGAAGAAGAUGCUAGGGAUAACAUGGUACUGUCUGAUUAUGAAGAGGAAUACCAAGAUGAUGAAGAUGUGGAUGAUAAUGAACCUCAUUUUGUUGUGCUUGAAGGAGGCUUGAAAAUCCCAGAAGCUAUUUUUAGCAAGCUCUUUGACUAUCAAAAAGUGGGAGUGCAGUGGCUGUGGGAACUUCAUUGCCAAAGAGCAGGUGGGAUUAUUGGCGAUGAAAUGGGUCUAGGUAAAACCAUUCAGGUUCUAUCUUUCCUUGGAGCUUUGCAUUUCAGUAAGAUGUAUAAACCAAGCAUUGUAGUCUGCCCCGUAACCCUCUUGAGACAGUGGAGGAGGGAAGCACAUAAAUGGUACCCAAGCUUUCAUGUUGAAAUACUGCAUGAUUCUGCUCAGAUUGCAACUAAUAGAAAGAAGCGGGCAGACUCGGACGUUAGUGAUGAUGAAAGUGAAGGCUCCCUAGACAGUGAUGAUGAGAGAACUCAAUCCUCAAAAACCACAAAGAGAUGGGAUUCUUUGAUAGAUCGUGUUUUGAGAUCAGAAUCUGGGCUUCUCAUUACCACUUAUGAGCAGCUCCGGAUACUUGGGGAUAAACUACUUGACAUUGAAUGGGGUUAUGCUGUACUGGAUGAAGGCCAUCGCAUCCGGAACCCUAAUGCAGAGGUUACUCUAGUUUGCAAACAGCUACAAACAGUGCACCGUAUAAUAAUGACAGGUGCACCAAUUCAGAACAAGUUGUCAGAGUUGUGGUCAUUGUUUGAUUUUGUCUUCCCUGGGAAGCUAGGAGUUUUGCCUGUAUUUGAGGCAGAAUUUGCAGUUCCCAUUUCUGUUGGUGGUUAUGCAAAUGCAACACCAUUACAAGUGUCCACAGCUUACAGGUGUGCUGUGGUCCUACGUGACCUGAUCAUGCCUUAUCUCCUCCGCCGUAUGAAGGCUGAUGUGAAUGCUCAGCUUCCUAAGAAGACUGAGCAUGUUCUUUUUUGUAGCCUCACUGCUGAGCAGCGAUCUGUAUAUCGAGCAUUUCUUGCUAGCUCUGAAGUGGAACAGAUAUUUGAUGGGAAUAGGAACUCUCUCUAUGGGAUUGAUGUUAUGCGUAAAAUCUGCAACCAUCCUGAUCUGCUUGAAAGAGAACAUGCAUCCAGCAAUCCAGACUAUGGGAACCCAGAUCGCAGUGGAAAAAUGAAAGUUGUUGCCCAAGUUCUUAAGCUGUGGAAGGAUCAAGGUCAUCGUGUUCUUCUUUUUGCCCAGACCCAACAAAUGCUUGACAUUUUUGAGACUUUCAUGAUUGCAAAUGGUUAUACCUACCAUCGAAUGGACGGACUCACCCCAGUAAAACAGCGGAUGGCUCUGAUGGAUGAAUUUAACGACUCAACAGAUAUAUUCAUCUUUAUUCUAACUACCAAAGUUGGUGGCUUGGGGACAAAUCUGACUGGUGCAAACAGGGUUAUCAUCUUUGACCCGGACUGGAACCCUUCUACGGACAUGCAGGCGAGAGAACGUGCAUGGCGUAUUGGGCAGACACGGGAUGUUACUAUUUAUAGAUUGAUUACUCGUGGAACCAUAGAGGAGAAGGUAUAUCACAGGCAGAUUUACAAACAUUUUCUGACUAAUAAGAUAUUGAAGAACCCCCAACAAAGAAGGUUCUUCAAAGCUAGAGACAUGAAGGAUCUCUUCACUUUGGAUGAUGGAGAGGAUGGUUCCACUGAAACAUCAAAUAUUUUCAAGCAAUUGUCCAAUGAGGCAAACAUUUUUGAGGGCCAUAAAGAUGGCCAGGAUAAACGAAGAACAAUCAAUGCUACAGAGACCUGUACCAGUAAUUCUGCAGUUGAGAGAGAAACUAAACCUGCACCUGGACCGUCCCAAAGAACAGGGAGAGAAAGAGCUGAUCAAAGUGAUGGUGAUACAGAUCAGGAAACAAACGUCUUAAAGAGUCUUUUUGAUGCUUAUGGGAUUCAUAGUGCAAUGAAUCAUGAUGUGAUUAUGAAUGCCCAAGAUGAUGAAAAGAUGAGGCUUGAAGAGCAAGCUUCCCAAGUUGCACAAAGAGCCGCAGAAGCAUUACGCCAAUCCAGGAUGCUUCGAAGCCAAGAUGGUAUAUCGGUUCCAACAUGGACUGGGAGAUCAGGUGCUGCUGGUGCCCCAUCAUCUGUCCGUAAGAAGUUUGGCUCAGCUGUGAACUCACAGUUGAUUGGUAAUUCUAAAUCUUCAGAAGGGUCCUCUGGAAGUGGGAUGAACAGGCCAAAUGGUUUUGCAGCUGGGGCAUCUGCGGGUAAGGCUUUAUCUUCUGCUGAUCUACUGGCUAAAAUCAGAGGAACCCAAGAAAGGGCUGUUAGUGAUGGCCUUGAACAUCAGUUCUUGUCUGCAUCUGGAUCUACUGUCAGAACUCAACCUAUUGCAGAUGUUGGGCCUUCUAGACCGACACACAAGGCUGGGUUGCAGCCUGAGUUAUUGAUUCGGCAGAUCUGUACAUUCAUACAGCAAAGAGGUGGACGUUCUAGUUCUGCUAGUAUAGUUCAGCAUUUCAAGGACAGGGUCCCCUCCACGGAUCUCGCCCUGUUUAAGAAUCUUCUGAAGGAAAUAGCCUUAUUGGAGAAAGACUCUAAUGGGUCUUCAUGGGUUCUAAAGCCAGAGUAUCUACCGCAGUGAUCUCAAUAACCAUAUGGAACCAUUGCAUCUCAUUCUCGUCUUGAAGCAGCUUUUGAAUAUCACCAGUGAUGUUUGAGUCUUCUAGGAUGAAGCUCAGGUCUCGAGGUGACUCACCAGCAAAUGGGUCUUUUAUCUCCUUUUUUCUUUCUAUUUUUAACCUGAAAGUUAAAGAAAAAGAAGAAGAAAUUCUGGUACAGAAGUGGUCUGUUCAUCCUUAGCCAUUGCUGCUACUUAAGCAGCAUUUAGGAUAAUAUCUAGAUUUUUUUGUCCUUCACUUUUACACCUUGACAUGUACAGAGCGAACGUACUUUAUAUUUUUGUCCUCAUGAGGAAUCACUAAUUUAGCCACAACCAUUCUUUUGCUGCCUUGGAUCAAAUUUACUCAUCUGGAUCGAACUGCAAGAUUAUGGAAAAUUGCACUUGGU